AUGUCAACUAGCACUAAACCAAACUCUUUAGAAGAUAUAGAAGAAUGCAAACUAAAACAACUACAACUCACCCUUCCUAAAAUAUUGUGGCUUGGUUCAUAUCCUACUUAUCUAUACCAAGGAUUUUGGUGCCCUGUUCUUGAACCCACAAUUUCAUUCCAAACACACUUUCAAGCACAUGAUUCGGAUAUUAUCCUAGCCAGCCUUCCUAAAAGUGGCACUACUUGGCUAAAAUCUCUUAUUUUUUCCGUCGUUAAUCGGAAUAAGUUUCCCGAUUUAUCUAAACACCCACUUCAUACUCAAAAUCCUCAUGAACUCGUUCUCCAAUUCAAGUACAAACUCUAUUCAAAAAUCAAGGGAUGUCAACUUGAUCUAACCCAACUACCCUCGCCUCGACUCUUGGCUACCGACAUACCAUAUCCGUCUCUACCGGGUUCUAUCAAGACCUCUAAAUGUAAGAUUGUUUAUGUUUGUCGAAACCCUUUGGACACGUUCAUAUCAUUAUGGCAUUUUAAUCUAAGAUGUGAGAGAGAUGAAAUCAUUACACCGGAUAUGAUAAUGAAAUAUUUUGAAGAUUUUUGUAAGGGGGAUUUUCCAUUUGGUUCAUAUGAGGAUCACAUAUUAGGGUAUUGGAACGAGCAUACACGAAACUCGAACAAGGUGUUGUUCUUGGAAUAUGAAGGGUUGAAGACGGAUCCAUAUGAUCAAGUAAAGAGGCUAGCGGAGUUUAUGGGUUGCCCGUUUUCAAAAGUGGAAGAGAAAGGAAACAUUGUAGAAGAGAUAGUCAAGCUUUGUAGUCUUGAUAGCUUAAAGGAAAAGGAAGUGAAUAAAAGUGGUAAAUUUUAUGAUUUUGUGGAAAAUAAUGCUUUAUUUAGGAAAGGUGAGGUUGGGGAUUGGAUUAAUUAUCUAAAUCCUUCAAUUGUUAAGGAACUUCUUCAUGACUUACAAGAGAAACUCAAGAAGUCAGGAUUUUCUUUCAAGUACUAUCAACAAAAUUUUUGA